AUGGAAGACAAUGCUACAUAUCACAUUUCAUCUCUAUUCCUCGUUGGCAUUCCUGGCUUGCAAAAAUUUCACUGCUGGAUUGGCAUUCCUGUCUGCUUCCUCUUUAUUGUGACCUUGUUAGGGAACAGUAUAAUCAUUGUUACCAUCAAGGUAGAGCCAAGCCUCCAUCAGCCUAUGUAUUUCUUCCUCUCCAUGCUGGCAGCUAAUGACAUGGCUCUGGCCUGUUCCACAGCCCCCAAGAUGCUUGCCAUUUUCUGGUUUGAUGCACACUGGAUUGACUUUGAUGUUUGCCUGGUACAAAUGUAUUUCAUCCACACACUUUGCAUUAUUGAGUCAGCCCUCCUAGUAGCCAUGGCCUUUGAUCGCUAUGUAGCUAUCUGCAUUCCAAUGCAUUACACAACUAUCCUGACAACAUCAAUGGUCAUCAAAAUGGGUCUAGUUAGUAUCAGCCGAGCUAUAGUUAUGGUUUUGCCCGGUCCUUUUCUCAUUAAGAGCUUGCCAUACUAUACAAAAUAUAUAAUCAAUCAUGCCUAUUGUGAGCACAUGGCUGUGGUGAAGUUGGCCAGUGCCGACACCUCCAUUAACAGAGUGUAUGGAAUCUCAGUAGCCCUUUCUGUGAUGAUAGUGGACCUAGGACUCAUAUCGACAUCUUAUAUCAAAAUCCUCCAGGCCGUUUUCUGUCUGUCUUCCCAGAAUGCCCGCUCUAAAGCAUUGGGCACCUGUGCUUCCCAUGUUUGCACUAUUCUUGUCUCUUAUACCCCUGCGCUAUUUAGCUUCCUAACUCACCGCAUUGGCAAGAAAGUGCCUCCGAGUGUCCAUAUAAUCUUUGCAAGUAUUUAUCUUCUGGUGCCCCCCACGGUCAAUCCCCUAGUGUAUGGGGUCAAGACCAAGCAGAUUCGUGACAGAGUGGUGGGUCUUUUCUUUCCAAACAAGAAGAUUUCUGAGAAAUAA